AUGACGGGCGACCAACGAGGUUUUCUUGUUCCAAGUUACUACGUCGACGACCUUCCCAAUGAUGUCGAUAUGAACAUCGCGUCCAUCGCCUGGGGUCUGUCCCUGGGUAUCACGGUCUUCAACGUUGCCAAAGCGAUUCGACAGACGCAAUCAUCGUGGCAACGAAGAAAGAAGAUCACGAGUUAUGUUGCUCUGAUCUGGGCCGAAAUCAUUUCGAGUUUCUUGCUGGGAAUCAUGUGUUGGUUUUAUCUUCGGGGCACCAUUGAACCGAGCAUGCAAUUCUUUUUCUUUAUCAUUGUCUGGUGGUCAACACAGGUCCAAUGUCUCAUCCAGAUCAUCAUCAACCGAGUCUCCCUAUUGAUGGUCGUUCGUUCCAAUGGUACCAAGCUUAAAUGGCUUUGCUUUCUUAUCCUCUUUGCAGUCAACAUCAGCGUCUUUUGCAUCUGGGUACCCGCCCGACUCCAAAUUAGCGAGCGGUAUAUCCACCUCAACGAGAUCUGGGAUAGAUGUGAAAAGGUCAUCUUUGCUAUCAUGGAUGCUGUUCUCAACUUUUAUUUCAUCUACAUCGUCAAGCAGCGCCUUGUCGCCAACGGUCUUCAAAAGUACACUCGCCUCUAUCAGAUGAACAUGUUUCUCUGUGGUAUUUCUAUUGCCCUGGAUAUUCUUCUUAUUUGCAUGAUGUCUCUCCCCAAUGGUUUCGUCUACAUCCAAUUCCAUCCCCUUGUGUACCUUCUCAAGCUUCACAUCGAAAUGAACAUGGCCGAUCUCAUUGGAAAAGUCGUUCGGGCCGGCAACAACGAUCCCCGAGGUGGUGGCAACGACUACAGCUCUCGAUCACGAACGACUGGAGCUUCCCGAGCUCACGGAACACGAUUCGGAAACACCCUUGCAAGCGCUCACCAUCGCACACAUAUCGAGCUCGGAGACGAUGACGAGUACGAGCUCAACGAGAGAGAGAAGAUUGACGGUAUCAAGAAGACUGUCGUCACCAAGAUCACACAUUCAGGCGAGCAGAAGUUGGACGACAGCGAUUCUACAAACGAUGAUCACAACAACGACAAUGCUAUCAGCGAAGCCAGCUCGACUAACCGUUUGCAUCAGCGCAAUUACAGCGUCGUCUAG